AACUAUCUGCAUUUCAACCAGGUUUUUCCCUUUUGAACUGAACCUAGGGUUAGGGUUUUCCAAAUUCUUCUUUUCCUCCCCGAUUGAAUCCGGGUUUUUGUUUCGCCCAGAAAUGCGGGCUCUCCAAGAAUCACUCACGCUCUCUUCGCUCUCAAACUCGGACCCAAGAUUCUAUGAUUGGCUCUUCGAGUGCCACGGCUUCUGGCACAAUGUGGCGCUCAUUAUUCCUUCCCUUCUCUUCAUUCUCUACCUGUCCUUCCAAGCCAAGAAGAGCUUCUCCAAGCUAUCGCAUGGACGGUCUUAUGUUAUAAUUGCGUACUACGCGUGCCUCUGGCUUGUUAGCUUGUUCAACCUGAUUUGGUGCUGUUUUCAGGCAUGGGAGUGCACUCCCGGAAAAGAACUGGCAUGGAAUGUCUUGUCUUUGCUUACAACAUCUGGAAUGCUAUUUUUGGAAGUAAGCUUGGUGGCCUUUUUAUUCCAAGGAAAUCAUGUGAGUGGGUUAGAAGCGUUGACACGGACAUUUGUUGUCUCAGGGCUUAUCGUCGGUAUGGAUUUCCUCCUAAAGGCAAUUUAUCUAUUUGGAUUUGGGAUCCCGUUAUUCAUUGACAGCAAUGAUCAUACACAUCAGAUGAAGUGGAACUUGUGGGUUGUUCAUAGGCUGGUGCUGACCGCAGUCUAUGGCUUCAUACUGUUCAUGUACCAUUCCAAGUGGAGAGAAAGAUUACCUGCAAGACCUGCAUUCUACAACUACAUUGCUAUCAUGUUCUCGACGAAUGCUCUUGCACUGUUUGCUUGUGCACUUACUGGAAACGGGGCUAGUUUUGGGUUCUGGUUGUACGGUGCCACCAUUGUCUGCUAUCAUGCCUUCUAUCUUCCUCUUCUAUAUGUGACAUUUCUGGCUGACUUUUUCCAGGAGGAAGAUUUGCAUUUAGAGAACGUAUACUACUCGGAGAUGAAAGAUGCUGGUUUCUUUGAUGCUGAUUGGGAGUGAUAUGGUGACUUCUGAAUCACAACAUGAUCUGGUUACAACACUCUGUAUAUAAAAGUAAAUAUGUACUUCAAUCUCAGAAUGUUGAGAUGCAGGCAAUGUUUGAUCAAUGUUUGUAUGGCUCCAUAUCUUUUUCUCAACUGUAGAAGCUAUUACCAUGUUGUCCCCUUUUUGCUA